AUGACUCGGACUAUUCUGACAAGAGCGGAAAUUGGGGCUGAUGCAAACGUCGCUACUCCAUGUGUGACCCUCAAGAACGGUCAAUUUGUCAAACUUGACUUUGAGGAUUGGCCAUGUGAGCAUGUCUCGCCGCUGCUAGCUGCAGCUGGAAUUCGAAGCAGCAUCAAGGACAUGUUGAAGUGGUGCAAAGCGGUCCUUUCGGCCGAGCGGGAAGAGCUAUGCCAUAUCCACGGAACACCGCAGACGCGAUUCCCCAUCCCAAACAACCCCUUGAAGCAAAUUAGUCGCAUUCGUCGCGGAUAUUGGGCUCGACCUGAUGAUGACCCUUCGACAAGCAAGAGUGCGGCUUAUUGCAUGGGAUGGGUUAGACUAGAUCUUCCUUCCUCGAUGCUCGGCGCCUUCAGCGGAAAUGUUCUUUCUCGCGAGAAAGGUUCCAAGAAUCACCUAAGACCUGAAUUUGUACUGGGCAGGUCUUCUGACCCAUUACUAGUAAUUGGUCAUACAGGUGGAAUGCCAGGAUCUUUAGCAACGAUAUGGACGUUUCCAGAAACAGAGAGUGAUGUUGUGGUCUUGACUAAUGGUAGGGGCCUUGGAGAUGCAAGUGACUUUGUGGCACAGAUUUUGAUCCAAGAGUUGUUUGAUCUCAAACCAAAGGUUAAUUUAAUACCAUGGGUCAGGCAUGAGACGAAGCUGGCGCAAGGCUACUUUGAAGAGACAAUGCUGGAGCCUUGGAAACAAGGUAGAGCCCCAGAUGCUUCAAUGCGAAGCCCAGAAUCUUACGUAGGUGAAUAUCGGGGAUUUGAUGGUCUUUUUAAUUUGGAUGUUUUGAUGGAGGACUCUGGGGACCUUUGCGUCAUAUUUAAUAGGCGACGGGCAUCAAUGACGAGUUUGAUGUUCUUCACUCGAGAUAUAUACAGCUAUUUUAUCCCGGAUUUUGACAGAUGGAUGAGUAGAGGAAUUUCGGUGAACAAGUUUGAGCAGACAUUGCUCGAGUUCAAUUUUGAUGAAGCCGAGGGAGUUACUAUAGGUCUCUGGUGGCUUCGGAACUCAAAGGAAGAGCGGGCAUAUUUUAAGAAGGUUAUAUAA